AUGGGGCGCACUAGGAAGCAGACAGACCCCCCCGGCACCCCCAGACCAUCGGGGACCGGGGCGGAGCACUCCAUCCGCUCCUAUCUCACCACGCCGCGGGACCUCGAUCUGACACCAGGCCCGACCACGGACUCACCCCCGGGAACUCCCGCGCAAUUCUCCCCGACACCAUCAGACCCACCUGACACCCAGGGGGCGCUGGAGAGUGACUUCAGGGCCAUCUUACCCACCCUACUCACGAAGGCAGACCUAGAGGCGCUGUCAGACCGCCUCAGCCAGGUGAUCCGCAGUGAGCUGUCCCAGGUGAAGGCUGAUAUUGCCAACAUGGACGCCAGGCUGACAGUAACAGAAGCAGACACACGGGCUCUCCGCGAAGACACUGAUGCUGCGGUCUCCACGAUCACAGGCUGCGAAUCGAGCCUGACCCAUAUCACAACAUGGGUCGACGACUUAGACAACAGGAGUCGCAGAAUGAACCUCAGGUGCGUGGGGUCAGAGAAAGGGGUCCCAAUGAAAACAUCCCAGAGAUCCUCCGCACAAUCUUCAGCCUAGCCCUGGGGGGACAACAACCCAGAAUAGGCCUUGUACGAGCCCACCGCGCACUCCGCGCACCACCAGCACCGGGGGAACAACCACGUGACAUCAUCUGCUGCCUGGAUAAUUUUAUCCUCAAAGAGGAUAUUCUCCGCAACGCCCGCCGAAUGGGUCGCAUCAGGCUGGAAGAUCAAGAAGUGACGAUCUUCCAAGACCUCUCCCGCUACACACUGCAAGCCAGGAAGAACCUCAGACCAGUAACAGCAGCACUCCAGGCAGCGGGUAUCCAGUACCGCUGGGGGUACCCCUUCGCCCUCUCCGCACGCAGGGGACAAGAGCUACACACCAUCAAGGCACCGGCGGAUGUCCAGGGAUUUCAACGGGCACUGGGACUCCCGCCCACCAGAGUCCAGAAUUGGCUGACCCACCACUUCAUACAGCAAGCAGCGGGCCCUCCACCGCCACCGCCUGCCAGGCUAGCAAGUAGUGAUCAGCGCAGACCCUCGGGACGCCCUGGCCCGGCCAGACCCGAAGAAUAG